AUGCCAUAUGAAUUUUAUUAUGACAAAGUAACCGGAAAUUUCCGAAUCACCAUCAAAAAUGGUUAUGGAUUGGAUCCAUUACGAAAAAAUGAGCAAAAUUACGGUAGCAUCCGCAUAGCCGUGGCAUACAACAAAGAAUCAUUCCGCAUAAAAGAACGACGCGUCUAUACAUUUAAAAUUGCGGACUAUUUACGUGACAGUCAUGAUAAUUUCGAGAAAGCAGCGAAUCAUGCACAUACUGAAAAGAAACCUUCAAGGAUUCUUUAUCUUUGGGCGGAUAAGGAAAAAAUGAAGUACGGACCAUUUCCUCUGCACCAACGUGAAUAUUCUCUUGAAUUCAAAAUAAAAAAUAAUAUGAAUGGCAAUGCGUGCGAUAAGCCAUUCUCAAGCGCCCCGAUGAAUUGGAACAAGUGGCUAAAAAUUAGGGACGAGGAUGAUGGUACGUUCAAUCUAAAAGAUAAUUUUAUUAUCUACAUAAUAAAAUUUUCAGAGGAGAUUUUAAGCAUUGACAGCACAAAAAUAGAACAUCAGUCUGAUGGUGUACUAAUAGCACAAGUCAAAUUGCGCAAGACGAUUGCUGAAGGAUUUCAACUUCACAUUGAUUGCGGUGAAUUCAAAGCAGAUUAUGUUAUGAAAUUUAACAAAGUUGUUGAUAAAUCCGACUGGACUACUUUAGAAUCGAAAGUAGAGACAAAUCCUGAGCUUCGUGUCAAGUAUGUGGAUCAGUCUGAUCAGCCGCAAAAAUCUCAAUUUGAACUUCGAUAUAAGUAUUCUGGGCGUGGUGAACAUCCGCUUAUGGAGGAAGAAUUUGGUGUAAACAAUCAAUUGCCAAAUAAUCAAUUGGCUUAUCCUCAAGAUUUUGGCAAAAACAAUAAGAUGUCGAACAAUUCCCCAGCUUAUCCGCAAGGAGAAAACCCAUCACAUUCCUUCAUGAAAGGAAAAACUGCGGACAAUUACCAACAUUCUCAAUCGUCGCGACCAAACUCUUAUCAAAAUCCGAUUGACUUUCAACAACAUCAAGAUAUGGAUGUCCCCAAUUCGCCCUCAAUGCAUUCACGCAGCUCUCCUCCUUCGCAUUAUGAUUCCGAUGAUGACUUUUAUUCUCCUCCAUAUUCCCCUGAUCCUUACUCUUCUCCACCAUAUGCACCGCAGCGUCCUGAAUUCGAGUCACAAAACUCAACCGAAGACGCGGAAGGAUAUCAAGAUUAUGGAGAUCAAUAUCGCCAUACUGCACCUGCAAACAUGCAUGGUCCGUACAAUGCACAUGCCCCACAUUACGGUCGCGCACCUGGCCAUUUUAACAAUGGAAUAAUGGCAUAA